GUAAAGUGUAGAUUGCAGAGUCAUGGAUGGCAGCGGCUGUUUAACAUGCGCACACGCCACAAGGACGACUGCUGCCUUGGCGUGACUCCACACUCUCCGGAGUAUAGUUAUGACAGGAAACAGGCUCCGAAUCGCUCGUCCUCUCGGAUUUGGGUCAGUGUGUUGGUGCGGAGUCUCGGUCUGAAGCAGUGAGCGGAGGACGGCAGGAGGGAGCUAACGGCUAACUGCUAACAGCUGGUGUUCCUGCAGGGAGCUCUGUUAUUGAGAGGAAGAUAUUCAUUUAAAGGUUUCUGCAAACCUUCCCGGCGAAUCAGGUGCAGCCAUGGCGUUUUCUACAGAGCUACUGUGAAUCCAACUCCUCCAUCUCCCGCACCUGGCUGGAUGGAGGCAUCUCCCCCUGCUUCUACUUCACCCUGGUCCCCACCAUCCUCCUCACCAUCGCCUUCUUCCUCGGCACCGUCCACUGCAUCUUCUACCAGAAGUACGGCACCGCCAUGGAGCCCAAGUUCAUCCCCCGCUCGCGCCUCUACGGCCUCCAGCUGGCCCUCUCGGCGCUCCUCCUGGUCCAGUUUGUGUUUGGGCUGGUGUGGCGAGCUGCCACCGCCGCGGAGCUGCCGGGGUACGCGGUGCUGUACGGCGGCUUCUCGGUGCUGGCCUGGGCCUGGGCCGUGGCCCUGCUCAGGGUGGAGAGGAGGAGGGCCCUGGUGAUGGACCGCACCAGGGGCCACAGCGCGGCCCUGCUGCUGUUCUGGGCCCUGGCCUUCUCGGCAGAGAACCUGGCCUUCGUGUCCUGGUACAGUCCUCACUGGUGGUGGGGUCUGGAGGACGAGCAGCAUCAGGUGCAGUUCGCCCUGUGGCUCCUGCGCUACGCCGCCUCCGGCCUGCUCUUCUUCAUCGGCCUCAGAGCUCCCGGGUUGCCACGGCGACCUUACAUGCUGCUGAUAAACGAAGACGAGCGCGACGUGGAGAACAGCGGACAGAGUCUUCUGGGAGGAGCCGAGGAGAGCCAGUCCACCUGGCAGGGCUUCACCAAGAAGGUGCGCCUGCUGGUGCCCUACAUGUGGCCCCGGGGCAGCGUCUUCCUGCAGAUGCUGGUCCUCUUCUGCCUGGGCCUGCUGGGAGUGGAGCGGGCCAUCAAUGUCUUCGUCCCCAUCUACUACAAGAACAUUGUCAAUGAUCUGACGGACCGUAAGAGCUGGCGCACCGUGGCCACCACGGUGUGUGUCUACGUCCUGCUGAAGUUCUUGCAGGGCGGCGGAGCAGGCGCCUCGGGCUUCGUCAGCAACUUGCGCUCCUUCCUGUGGAUCCGCGUGCAGCAGUUCACCAACCGGGUGGUGCAGGUGCGCCUGUUCGCCCACCUGCACUCGCUGUCCCUGCGCUGGCACCUGGGCCGCAAGACGGGCGACGUGCUGAGGAGCAUCGACCGCGGCACCUCGUCCAUCAACAGCCUGCUCAGCUACAUCGUGUUCAGCAUCUUUCCCACCAUCGCCGACAUCGUCAUUUCCAUCAUCUACUUCAUCACCUACUUCAACGCCUGGUUCGGCCUGAUCGUCUUCGUCUGCAUGACGCUCUACCUCACUCUGACGAUCAUCAUCACCGAGUGGAGGACGAAGUACCGGCGAGACAUGAACCUGCAGGACAACAACGCCAAGUCCAAGGCCGUGGACUCUCUGCUGAACUUCGAGACGGUGAAAUACUACAACGCGGAGAGCUACGAGGUGGGCCGAUUCGAGGGCGCCAUCCUGAAGUACCAGGCCUCGGAGUGGAAGACCCAGGCGUCGCUGGCGUUCCUCAACCAAACGCAGAACCUCAUCAUCGGCUCGGGGCUGCUGGCCGGCUCCCUGCUCUGCGCCUACUUCGUCACUGAGGGAAAGUUUCAGGUUGGAGAUUUUGUCCUUUUCGGGACCUACAUCAUUCAGCUGUACACUCCGCUCAACUGGUUUGGAACCUACUACAGAAUGAUCCAGAACUCCUUCAUUGACAUGGAGAGCAUGUUCCAGCUCUUUGAAGAGGAGGAGGAGGUGAAAGACGCAGUGAACGCCGGGAACCUCCUCUAUCAGCUGGGAAAGAUCGAGUUCGAGAACGUCUACUUCAGCUACGUCGACGGCAAAGAGAUCCUGAAGGACGUGUCCUUCACCGUCCUCCCCGGACAGACUGUCGCCCUGGUCGGCCAGUCGGGGUCCGGUAAAAGCACCAUCAUCCGCCUGCUCUUCCGCUUCUACGACGUCCAGGGCGGAUGCAUCCGCAUCGACGGCCAGGACAUAUCCAAGUUGAAGCAGGUGUCGCUGCGGGCGCACAUCGGCGUGGUGCCGCAGGACACCGUGCUCUUCAACGACACCAUCCGGGACAACAUCCGCUACGGGCGCAUCUCCGCCAGCGACCGGGAGGUGGAGGAGGCGGCCGUCGCCGCCGACAUCCACGACAAGAUCACCACCUUCCCCGAAGGCUACGACACGCAGGUGGGGGAACGGGGCCUGAAGCUGAGCGGCGGAGAGAAGCAGCGGGUGGCCAUCGCCAGGACCAUCCUCAAAGCGCCACAGAUCAUCCUGCUGGACGAGGCCACCUCGGCGCUGGACACCCAGACGGAGAGGAACAUCCAGGCGUCGCUGGCCAAAGUCUGCACCAAUCGCACCACCGUGGUUGUCGCCCACAGGUUGUCCACCAUCAUCGGAGCCGACCAGAUUCUGGUGGUGAGCGACGGGCGCAUCGCCGAGCGAGGACGGCACGAGGAGCUGCUGCUCAAAGGAGGCCUCUACGCUGACAUGUGGCUGAAGCAGCAGCAGGUGCAGGACUCGGACUCGUCCUCGGACACCGAAACCAAAGAUCGCAAAUCGGAGAAGCUGCAGCCGCCGGCCACCUCAGCGGGGCACUGAACUUUGAGCUUGUAAAAAGUUUGUAGAUUUAAUGUGCAAUAACAGACGGAGGAGCCUUACUGAAGCCGAGGAGGUGUCGACACUAUAAUCACAGAUCUAUGAACAUCCUGGAGGCAAAAACAUCCGAUUUGAUGAUGGAAACGGAUUCAUUUAAAGCACUCUUGCCUCAAAUUUGAUGUUAUUUAUGUCCAUUUUUCUCAUAUUUAUGGUUUGUGUCUUUUUUUUUUUUUUUUUUCAACCUUGAGAAACGAGCCAAUGGAGUUUGUGGUUUUUUUUUUUUU